AUGUCCAGCCUUGCCAAGUCUAAUCUCAAACCAAUAUUAGCAGAUACAACCCACAACGAUGAGAAGAAUGAAAUAAAGAAGGUCGACAAAUCCACACAGACAGAAUCGACAUCGCAAUCAAUCCAAAGUAACCCGCCCAUCCAAAACCAGCCUCAGGAAAAUGUGUUAAAGAGACGACGCGCCUUAGAAGACCGCCGACAAAGGUGCGGUGAACCAUGUUACUUUAUCUUGAACAAUAACGACCUAAAAGAUCUUGAACAAGCUCUAAAGUGCCGUCUAAUAACACGAGUUGAGUAUCAAUGCCUUAAAUUGCGAAGAGAGCUCGUCGAAACUGAAGGAAGGUUGUACAACAUUAAGGAAAUAUUGAAAAUAUUGGCAAAUGAAGAAAAGGAUAAUGAACCCUCACCAUCCACUGCUAAAACACGAAACAUUUAA